AUGGAGUUUGGCCAACUAGGGGACACGAUCGGCGGGUUGUUCCAGUUGUCGAAAGUGGAUGUGUUUAUUCUGGCCGCGUACAAGAUUAUCACAAAGGACUCGAUCCUUAAUGGGAACCAUAUCCAGGGGUCGCUGAGCGUGGUUGGUGGUGGUGCCAGGGAUGGGGAGAGUGCCGGAUCGGCACUCUCCGUACACCCACAGUAUGCGACCACUUUCAACAAGAUAUCCAAGAUAUUUAACGUACUGCUGUCGAAAGGUAAAAUGGGUGAGGAGGCUAUCUCUAAGAAGUCGCCGAUAGAAUUGUUUCACAGGUUUCAACAGAUCAUGAAGGAGAUCGUGUUAAGUUUUGAGACAAGCCCCUACAGUAGGUUCUUCAACAAAAUUAACGACAAUCUGUUCCAAAUAAGGGACAACAGUGCCCUUAGGGAGGACCCAUAUUGGAAGGACAUCACGGACGAUAUACUCAGCGUGUACAGUGCAAGAACUGGUAAGAUGAUCAAUCAGAAUAGGAGGAAGAAUAACAGUAACAACAAUACUUCAGAGGCAGACAAGAGGAAACAAGCACUGGCACAGACGAAAAAUAUGAUGGAGAACGAUUUUAUCAACAUGACAACAAACUUACUGGACGACGUUUCCCUCUCGCAACAACUCAAUAAAAGAUUGCAACAUCCCACAGAUGCGACAAAUGUAAACCAGUCAAGGUCGUUGAAUGGUUACUACACACAACCUACGAGCCCUGGAAUGUCCGCUCUCCCGUUCAACCUCGACGGUGACGACGAUAUUCUGUCCAAUGCAAACUUCAAUGCGGCCACAUCGAAUUUACUCCCGCAGAAUCAAGUAAUGUUGCAUUCGUCCUCGGCGAACGGGUCAAUGCACCGCAAAAGACGAUCACUAGGGUCUAUAAACAUUGAUGCAAUAAACGACAACGCAAUGGAUGAGAUGCUCAAGUUUACAAACAUCAGCAAGAGAAUGAAGGUCGACGGUGAAAGUGUCCAACCGACAAAUUCGAACGGUAACGACAAUGGCACCGGACUAACCAAAACAGCAGCAUCAACUGCUACUACUAUGAACAACAACAACAACAACAACAACAUGCAUGGGCAAACUCCAAUGAGCAACGCGACGACGAGCGAUAGUACAGGCCCGUCAACACAGCAAACUGGUAUCACGGCUAAUGGUGGGGAAAUACCGGAGGGACCUACACACAGUGCUCCAUCUACAAUGAUGGGGGAUGCUGCAGUACAUGCAGCUACAAGCGGAUUCCCCCUGUUGACUGGGGCUCCCACUGGCUCGGCUUCACACAUGUACGGCCAGCAGCAGCAACAGCAGCAGCUGCAACAACAUUUACCAACGACAAAUUUACAACCACAGCAGCAGCAGCAACAGGUAGACCCCAUGCCGUCUGACUACAACCGCUUUAAACAAUACGCUCCAGGAAGUACGCAGCUCUUACGACAUCAUCCUGUCCGAGAAGGAGAAACGCAUUCAAUCGCUCGAGAACGAAAUUGCUCUGCAGAGACAAGAGACCGUAUGGCUGCGCAAAAUGCUCAUCGAGGACAUGGGAUACGUCAGAAACGUACUCAAGAACAUGGCAGACAGAUAAGAUACGGGAUCAUCGGACUGGCCGUCGGGCAUCGCGCUGCUCGUUCCUCACCUGCCGUCGAAAGUGACAUUAACGUCUUUCAAAAUUUUAGUCGAAAUCUUCUUCAAAAGUGA